AUGGCUUAUCCUUUAAGUAUUCAUAAUCGCUUCUUCAGAAAUCCAUAUAAAUUUCACCAGUGCAUUGGCUUUUUUUUCUGGUUCUAUCUUGAGAUCACCGGUUUGUUAGUAAGGCCCUGUGACAGUGAUGCUUCUGUAAAGGAAACUUCAGUCCAGAGAACUUUGUUACUGCGAUUGACUUCGUGGAGGAAGUUUCGCAGUGAAAGACUACGAUGUAAUUCAUGGAUUGAUUUAUCUGCUAAACUGUUGGGUGUUAGUACCCCAGAGGAAGAGAAUCGACCGACCGAGUGCCACGGAGGGGGAGUAUCGACCGACAGAGUGCCACGGAGGGAGAGUAUCUCAGAUCUCUAAGAUCCAAGAAGCAGUCUAUAAUCUUAGUGCACCAAUCAAAUGCAACAUCUCUUCACAUGACAUCUCCCCACCAAUGUGAACUUUUCUCAGCCAGUGGGAAAUUGUCUAUUUUAGUGGGGAGGUUGAUGAAGGGGUGAUACAUUUGAUUGGUGUAGCCCUUAAACUUUGAAGAAGUAACUGCUGGUUUGUGAAGUCAUCUGGUUAAGAAGAUUUAGCAGUAUACCUUGAAAAUGCAGUAAAAAAAAUUUUAAUAUCUUGCUUCAGUAGCAAGAAGUCAUCGACAGCUGAAUUUUAUGGAGAUGGUUUACUGAUUUAAAAUUUAAACUGUGUAAAAUGUGUUCUUACAACUCUGAA